UUCCCGGAUGUACUUUCCGGCGUCCAUCUUGGGAGGCUGAAGAACCUGAGGCAUUUUGUGACGAGGCUCGUCUCAGGUCAGCGGAGGGAAGAGCCUUAGACCUAUCCAGUCUUCAAGGUGCUCCAGGAACCAGGAGUUGAAGACCUGGGUGUGAGGGACACAUACAUCCUAAAAGCACCACAGCAGAGGAGGCCCAGGCACUGCCAGGAGUCAAGGUGAGUGCACAGCCUGACUCUGUACCAAGGGCCCUACCCCCAGAAACAGGGCAGACCUGGCAGCACCCAGCCCGUAGCCACCCACUGUCAUUCCUGGUGCCUCAGACUCUGCCUGCCAGCUGUGCCCUGAGGUGCUUUCUCACAUCCUCCUACAGGUUCCCAGGAGACAAACCCCCUAGGAAGACAGGCGACCUGUCAGGCCCUAGAGCACACCUUAAGAGAAGAAGAGCUGUAAGCCGGCCUUUAUCAGAGCCAUCAUGGGGGACAAGGAGAUGCCUGCUGCUGGGAUGCCGCGUCUUCUGCAGAGUUCCUCUGAUAGUCGUCAGAGUCGUUCUGAAGAGGAGGACUCCCAGUCUCCUCUCCAGAUUCCUGAGAGUCCUCCUGAGGGCGACAACUCCCAGUCUCCUCUCCAGAAUCCUCAGAGUCCUCCUGAGGGGGAGGACUCCCUGUCUCCUCUCCAGAUUUCUCAGAGCCCUCCUGAGGGUGAGGACGUCCAGUCUCCUCUCCAGAUUUCUCAGAGCGCUCCUGAGGGUGAGGACGUCCAGUCUCCUCUCCAGAAUCCUGCGAGCUCCUUGUUCUCCUCCACUUUACUGAGUCUAUUCCAGAGUUCCCCUGAGAGUACUCAGAGUCCAUUUGAGGGUUUUCCCCAGUCACCUCUCCAGAUUCCUGUGACCUCCUCCUUCACCUCCACUUUAUUGAGGCUUUUCCAGAGUUCCCCUGAGAGUACUCAGAGUCCAUUUGAGGGUUUUCCCCAGUCACCUCUCCAGAUUCCUGUGACCUCCUCCUUCACCUCCACUUUAUUGAGGCUUUUCCAGAGUUCCCCUGAGAGUUCUCAAAGUACUUUUGAGGGUUUUCCCCAGUCUCCUCUCCAGAUUCCUGUGAGCUCCUCCUUCCCGUCCACUUUACUGAGUGUUUUCCAGAGUUCCCCUGAGAGUUCUCAAAGUACUUUUGAGGGUUUUCCCCAGUCUCCUCUCCAGAUUCCUGUGAGCUCCUCCUUCCCGUCCACUUUACUGAGUGUUUUCCAGAGUUCCCCUGAGAGUUCUCAGUACUUUUGAGGGUUUCCCCAGUCUCCUCUCCAGAUUCCUGUGAGCUCCUCCUUCCCGUCCACUUUACUGAGUGGUUUCCAGAGUUCCCCUGAGAGUUCUCAAGUACUUUUGAGGGUUUUCCCCAGUCCUCCUCUCCAGAUUCCUGUGAGUCCCUCCUUCACUUUACUGAGUCUUUUCCAGAGUUCCCCUGAGAGUUCUCAAAGUACUUUUGAGGGUUUUCCCCCAUCUCCUCUCCAGAUUCCUGUGAGCUCCUCCUUCCCGUCCACUUUACUGAGUGUUUUCCAGAUCCCUGAGAGUUCUCAAAGUACUUUUGAGGGUUUUCCCCAGUCUCCUCUCCAGAUUCCUGUGAGCUCCUCCUUCCCGUCCACUUUACUGAGUGUUUUCCAGAGUUCCCCUGAGAGUUCUCAAAGUACUUUUGAGGGUUUUCCCCAGUCUCCUCUCCAGAUUCCUGUGAGCUCCUCCUUCCCGUCCACUUUACUGAGUGUUUUCCAGAGUUCCCCUGAGAGUUCUCAAAGUACUUUUGAGGGUUUCCCCCAGUCUCCUCUCCAGAUUCCUGUGAGUCCCUCCUUCACUUUACUGAGUCUUUUCCAGAGUUCCCCUGAGAGUUCUCAAAGUACUUUUGAGGGUUUUCCCCCGUCUCCUCUCCAGAUUCCUCAGAGUCCUCCUGAGGGAGACAACUCCCAGUCUCCUCUCCAUAGUCCUCAGAGUACACCUGAUGGGGAGGACUCCCUGUCUCCUCUCCAUUUUCCUCAUAGCCCUCCUGAGGGAACAGACUCCCAGUCUCCUCUCCAGAGUCCUCAGAAUCCUCCUGAGGGAGAGGAUUCCCUGUCUCCUCUCUACAUUCCUCAGAGUCCUCCUGAGGGGGAGGACCCCCUGUCUUCUCUCCAGUUUCCUCAUAGUCCUCCUGUGAGGGAGGACUCCCGGUCUCCUCUCCAUUUUCCUCAUAGUCCUCCUCAGGGGGAGGACUUCCAGUCUUCUCUCCAGAGUCCUGUAAGCAUCUGCUCCUCCUCCACUUCAUUGAGUCCUCCCCAGAGUUUCCCUGAGAGUUCUCAGAGUCCUCCUGAGGGGCCAGCCCAGUCUCCUCUCUAUAUUCCUCAGAGCCCUCCUGAGGGAACAGACUCCCAAUCUCCUCUCCAGAGUCCUCAGAGUCCGCCUGGGGGAGAGGAUUCCCUGUCUCCUCUCUACAUUCCUCAGAGUCAUCCUGAGGGGGAGGACUCCCUGUCUUCUCUCCAGUUUCCUCAUAGUCCUCCUAUUCCUGCUGAGUGGGAGGACUCCCUGUCUCCUCUCCAUUUUCCUCAUAGUCCUCCUCAGGGGGAGGACUUCCAGUCUUCUCUCCAGAGUCCUGUAAGCAUCUGCUCCUCCUCUACUUCAUUGAGUCUUCACCAGAGUUUCCCUGAGAGUCCUCAGAGUCUACCCCCUGAGGGGCCUGCUCAGUCUCCUCUCCAGAAACCUCUCAGCUCCUUCUCCUACACUUUUGCGAGUCUUCUGCAGAGUCCCCAUGAGAGUCCUCAGAGUCCGCCUGAGGGGCCUGCCCAGUCUCCUCUCUAUAGUCCUCAGAGCCUUCCUGAGGGGACGGACUCCCAGUCUCCUGUCCAGAGUCCUCAGAGUCCUCCUGAGGGGGAGCAUUCCCUGUCUCCUCUCUACAUUCCUCAGAGGAGUCCUGACUGGGAGGUCUCCUUCUCUCCUCUCCGCUUUCCUCACAGUCCUCCUCAGGGGGAGGACCCCCAGUCUUCUCUCCAGAGUCCUGUGAUUAUCUGCUCCUCCUCCACUUCACUGAGUCUUCCCCAGGAUUUCCCUGAGACACCUCAGAGACCCCCUGAGGGGCCUGCUAAGUCUCCCCUCCAGAAACCUCUCAGCUCCUUCUCCUACACUUUCGCGAGUCUUCUGCAGAGUCCCCAUGAGAGUCCUCAGAGUCCGCCUGAGGGGCCUGCCCAGUCUCCUCUCUAUAGUCCUCAGAGCCUUCCUGAGGGGACGGACUCCCAGUCUCCUGUCCAGAGUCCUCAGAGUCCUCCUGAGGGGGAGCAUUCCCUGUCUCCUCUCUACAUUCCUCAGAGGAGUCCUGACUGGGAGGUCUCCUUCUCUCCUCUCCGCUUUCCUCACAGUCCUCCUCAGGGGGAGGACUCCCAGUCUUCUCUCCAGAGUCCUGUGAUUAUCUGCUCCUCCUCCACUUCACUGAGUCUUCCCCAGGAUUUCCCUGAGACACCUCAGAGACCCCCUGAGGGGCCUGCUCAGUCUCCCCUCCAGAAACCUCUCAGCUCCUUCUCCUACACUUUUGCGAGUCUUCUGCAGAGUCCCCAUGAGAGUCCUCAGAGUCCGCCUGAGGGGCCUGCCCAGUCUCCUCUCUAUAGUCCUCAGAGCCUUCCUGAGGGGACGGACUCCCAGUCUCCUGUCCAGAGUCCUCAGAGUCCUCCUGAGGGGGAGCAUUCCCUGUCUCCUCUCUACAUUCCUCAGAGGAGUCCUGACUGGGAGGUCUCCUUCUCUCCUCUCCGCUUUCCUCACAGUCCUCCUCAGGGGAAGGACUCCCAGUCUUCUCUCCAGAGUCCUGUGAUUAUCUGCUCCUCCUCCACUUCACUGAGUCUUCCCCAGGAUUUCCCUGAGACACCUCAGAGACCCCCUGAGGGGCCUGCUAAGUCUCCCCUCCAGAAACCUCUCAGCUCCUUCUCCUACACUUUCGCGAGUCUUCUGCAGAGUCCCCAUGAGAGUCCUCAGAGUCCGCCUGAGGGGCCUGCCCAGUCUCCUCUCUAUAGUCCUCAGAGCCUUCCUGAGGGGACGGACUCCCAGUCUCCUGUCCAGAGUCCUCAGAGUCCUGCUGAGGGGGAGCAUUCCCUGUCUCCUCUCUACAUUCCUCAGAGGAGUCCUGACUGGGAGGUCUCCUUCUCUCCUCUCCGCUUUCCUCACAGUCCUCCUCAGGGGGAGGACUCCCAGUCUUCUCUCCAGAGUCCUGUGAUUAUCUGCUCCUCCUCCACUUCACUGAGUCUUCCCCAGGAUUUCCCUGAGAGACCUCAGAGACCCCCUGAGGGGCCUGCUCAGUCUCCCCUCCAGAAACCUCUCAGCUCCUUCUCCUACACUUUCGCGAGUCUUCUGCAGAGUCCCCAUGAGAGUCCUCAGAGUCCGCCUGAGGGGCCUGCCCAGUCUCCUCUCUAUAGUCCUCAGAGCCUUCCUGAGGGGACGGACUCCCAGUCUCCUGUCCAGAGUCCUCAGAGUCCUCCUGAGGGGGAGCAUUCCCUGUCUCCUCUCUACAUUCCUCAGAGGAGUCCUGACUGGGAGGUCUCCUUCUCUCCUCUCCGCUUUCCUCACAGUCCUCCUCAGGGGGAGGACUCCCAGUCUUCUCUCCAGAGUCCUGUGAUUAUCUGCUCCUCCUCCACUUCACUGAGUCUUCCCCAGGAUUUCCCUGAGACACCUCAGAGACCCCCUGAGGGGUCUGCUCAGUCUCCUCUCCAGAAACCUCGCAGCUCCUUCUACACUUUUGCGAGUCUUCUGCAGAGUCCCCAUGAGAGUCCUCAGAGUCCGCCUGAGGGGCCUGCCCAGUCUCCUCUCUAUAGUCCUCAGAGCCUUCCUGAGGGGACGGACUCCCAGUCUCCUGUCCAGAGUCCUCAGAGUCCUCCUGAGGGGGAGCAUUCCCUGUCUCCUCUCUACAUUCCUCAGAGGAGUCCUGACUGGGAGGUCUCCUUCUCUCCUCUCCGCUUUCCUCACAGUCCUCCUCAGGGGGAGGACUCCCAGUCUUCUCUCCAGAGUCCUGUGAUUAUCUGCUCCUCCUCCACUUCACUGAGUCUUCCCCAGGAUUUCCCUGAGACACCUCAGAGACCCCCUGAGGGGCCUGCUCAGUCUCCUCUCCAGAAACCUCUCAGCUCCUUCUCCUACACUUUUGCGAGUCUUCUGCAGAGUCCCCAUGAGAGUCCUCAGAGUCUGCCUGAGGGGCCUGCCCAGUCUCCUCUCUAUAGUCCUCAGAGCCUUCCUGAGGGGACGGACUCCCAGUCUCCUGUCCAGAGUCCUCAGAGUCCUCCUGAGGGGGAGCAUUCCCUGUCUCCUCUCUACAUUCCUCAGAGGAGUCCUGACUGGGAGGUCUCCUUCUCUCCUCUCCGCUUUCCUCACAGUCCUCCUCAGGGGAAGGACUCCCAGUCUUCUCUCCAGAGUCCUGUGAUUAUCUGCUCCUCCUCCACUUCACUGAGUCUUCCCCAGGAUUUCCCUGAGACACCUCAGAGACCCCCUGAGGGGCCUGCUAAGUCUCCCCUCCAGAAACCUCUCAGCUCCUUCUCCUACACUUUUGCGAGUCUUCUGCAGAGUCCCCAUGAGAGUCCUCAGAGUCCGCCUGAGGGGCCUGCCCAGUCUCCUCUCUAUAGUCCUCAGAGCCUUCCUGAGGGGACGGACUCCCAGUCUCCUGUCCAGAGUCCUCAGAGUCCUGCUGAGGGGGAGCAUUCCCUGUCUCCUCUCUACAUUCCUCAGAGGAGUCCUGACUGGGAGGUCUCCUUCUCUCCUCUCCGCUUUCCUCACAGUCCUCCUCAGGGGGAGGACUCCCAGUCUUCUCUCCAGAGUCCUGUGAUUAUCUGCUCCUCCUCCACUUCACUGAGUCUUCCCCAGGAUUUCCCUGAGAGACCUCAGAGACCCCCUGAGGGGCCUGCUCAGUCUCCUCUCCAGAAACCUCUCAGCUCCUUCUCCUACACUUUUGCGAGUCUUCUGCAGAGUCCCCAUGAGAGUCCUCAGAGUCCGCCUGAGGGGCCUGCCCAGUCUCCUCUCUAUAGUCCUCAGAGCCUUCCUGAGGGGACGGACUCCCAGUCUCCUGUCCAGAGUCCUCAGAGUCCUCCUGAGGGGGAGCAUUCCCUGUCUCCUCUCUACAUUCCUCAGAGGAGUCCUGACUGGGAGGUCUCCUUCUCUCCUCUCCGCUUUCCUCACAGUCCUCCUCAGGGGGAGGACUCCCAGUCUUCUCUCCAGAGUCCUGUGAUUAUCUGCUCCUCCUCCACUUCACUGAGUCUUCCCCAGGAUUUCCCUGAGACACCUCAGAGACCCCCUGAGGGGCCUGCUCAGUCUCCUCUCCAGAAACCUCUCAGCUCCUUCUCCUACACUUUUGCGAGUCUUCUGCAGAGUCCCCAUGAGAGUCCUCAGAGUCCGCCUGAGGGGCCUGCCCAGUCUCCACUCCAGAGACCUGUCAGCUCCUUCUCGUCCACUUCAUUGAGUCUUUCCCAGAGUUCUCCUGAGAAGAGCGAGCCCGCGCAGACUCCUCUCCAGAGUUCUGUGAGCUCCUCCUCCUCCACGUCAUUGAGUCUUGCCCAGAGUUCCCCUGAGAGUCCUCAGAGUCCUCCUGAGGGGCCUGCCCAGUCUCCUCUCCAGAGUGCUGUGAGCUCCUCCUCCUCCUCCACUUCCUUGAGCCCAUUCAGUGAAGAGUCCAGCAGUCCAGUAGAUGAAGAUACAAGCACCUCAGACACCUUGCUAGAGAGCGAGUCCUUGACAGACAGUGAGUCCUUGAUAGAGAGCGAGCCCUUGUUCACUUAUACACUGGAUGAAAAGGUGGACGAGUUGGUGCGGUUUCUUCUCCUCAAAUAUCAAGCGAAGCAGCCUGUCACAAAGGCAGAGAUGGUGAUGAAUGUCAUCAGCAGGUACAGGGGCUACUUUCCUGUGAUCUUCAGGAAAGCCCGUGAGUUCAUAGAGAUUCUUUUUGGCAUUUCCCUGAGAGAAGUGGACCCUGACGAUUCCUACAUCUUUGUAAACACAUUAGAGCUCAGCUGUGAGGGGAGUCUGCGUGAUGAGCAGGGCAUGCCCCCAAACCGCCUCCUGAUUCUUAUUCUGAGUAUCAUCUUCAUGAAGGGCACCUGUGCCUCUGAGGAGGUCAUCUGGGAUGUGCUGAGUGGAAUAGGGGUGCGUGCUGGGAGGGAGCAUUUUAUCUUUGGGGAGCCCAGGGAGCUCCUCACUAAAGUUUGGGUGCAGGAACGUUACCUAGAGUACCGGGAGGUGCCCAACACUGCUCCUCCACGUAACGAAUUCCUUUGGGGCCCAAGAGCUCAUUCAGAAAUCAGUAAGAGGAAAGUAGUCGAGUUUUUGGCCAUGCUCAACAAUACCGUCCCUAUUUCCUUUCCACCCUCGUACAAGGAUGCUUUGAAAGAUGUGGAAGAGAGAGCCCAGGCCAUAAUUGACACCACAGAUGACUCCCCUGCCACAGACAGUGCAAGCCCCAGUGUCGUGUCCCCCAGCUUCUCUUCUGAGUGAAGUCGGUAGAUUCUUCCCUCUGAGUUUGAAGAGGGCAGUCGAGUUUCUUCGUGGUGGAGGGCCCGGGUGAGGCUGGGGAGAACACAGUGCUGUUUGCACUUCUGUUCCAUAGGGGCAGUUGCGGGAUUUACCUGUUUUCCUUUUGGGUAUUUUUCAGAUGCUUUUCCUAUUAAUGACAGGUUUAAAUAGCUUCAGGAUCUUAGUUUACGAAUAUUAGUCCCACGUGUAUUGCUGUUUAUCUGGUUUAAGAGUAACAGUUUGAUAUUUUGUAAAAACAAACACACACACAAACACACCAUAUUGGGAAAACCUGCCUCAUUUUGUGAUGUGUCACAGGUGAAUGUGGUAUUGCUGUAGGAAUUUUCUUGACACUGUGAAGGAACUCUGCAGUUAAAUAGUGCAACAAAGUAAAGGAUUGUUAAUAUUUGCAUUUCCUCAGGCCCUGUAGUCUGUUGUUCUUGAAAAAUAAAGAUACAUACCUGGUUUCCUUGAGUUAUGUAAGAAAGUAGCCGAAAGUAAAUUGUAAGAAAUAAAAAUACCAGUGACUCGUUUAUUUGAUGA